AUGCCGUUCAUUAAAUUCAAUUCGAAUCAUCUUGCACUUUCGCCAAACGGCGAGAAGGCUUUCAAUUCGCAUCCCACAAAGAGUUGGCCCUUCUCCAACGUAGACCGGCCUACUUGUCGAGAUACAUCAACCGCUAUGCCUCUGAUCUUCGGCUUCGACGUCCCCUCAUCAUUCACAACCAGUCUCGGCUCACGCCACCAAGACCAAGAAACUCUCGAAGCAUGGCGAGCAUUCGAGCGCAGCAUCCGUAGCUCAGUACUCCAUUACCGCGACAAGAUCAUCAUCUGGCAACUCGGCUUCCGCACAACAAUAAGCGAAGACUGGUCCGGACCACAACCAUCGAUUCUGGCUAGAGAGCGCGAGCAGCAUCGCUUCAUCUGCACCAUCAUCGACGAGAAAGAUGACAUGCUUGAGCGGAUUAUUGGUCACAUGAUGGAGAGUGCGAAAGAAGAAUUUGGCGAGUCGAGAGUGCAGUUCUGGUGUCAGUUGAAGGAAGGAGAGGAGAAGCGUUUCUGCGAAGAUGCUGCUGAGGUGGCGCUUGCGCCGAAGAGGGAGGAGAUGCUACAUGAGGUCGACAUGAAGAUCGCGGAAUAUCAGCAACUCGACGAGGAGCGACAGGCUGCGUGGCUGGGUGCAGUGCUGCUGAACGCUGGCGGAAGGUUGCAUCGCAGACACAAUGGAUGCCUCGUGAAUGGAGAGGAUUUAGUCUCAGACAUGACUUCCGAUUUAUGUCGAUUGAAUUUCUCGGUCUCCCUCCGGUCAGCUUUCUCGCCUCACAUGUCGUUCACUUUCGGCUUUGAUCUCCGCUCAACCAUCAACGGCCAUUUGCACCAACCAAGUUUCGUAUACGACGCUUCAUGCUGGACCAGAUUCCGAGGCUCAAUCGAACACGCCCAUAAACGAGCUCCCAUGUGCGACUAUACCUUGUGGCAAUACUCUACGAUUUUCUUCAGCAGGCUUGACAUCGAUCGCUACGCACCUGAAAUCCCAGGUCGAGCGCGCGAGUGCUGCAUCAUGGCUUUGAAUAGCAGCAACGCCAUCCAGGUACGCUCGAGAAUCUUGAACACGUUUCGUGCCGCUCUGAGAGAAUUUGGGAUCAUGAGAGUUGAUCUCUGGUACUUGUCGGCAGAUGGCGAGAAAGUUGAGGCGACGAUUCAGGAUGUCGUGGCUAUGGGGCUGGAGUACGCUGCUACGAGCAGGAGUUCGGAGCACCAGGCUUGCCAUGCCGUAGGAAACAGUGCUACUUCUGAGCAAAUUGGCGCCGAACGUGACAGGAUGAGCUUUGAAGAAGUCGUGCCCAGUGAUAGUGAGGAGAACGAUGGUCGCAGUCCACUGGGAUACGCAAAUGUGGUUGGUCGUGAUUUUUGGAGGCCUGGAACUGGGCAUACUUUCGAGCAUUUUCUUGUCGAGUCGGCUGCGCAAUUUCGGGAACUUGCACUAGCGGUCAAACAGCAGCUUACUGUAGCAAACCACUACACAGACUUCAAAAUCCGCCAUUGA